AUUCUGGGGCAGCAGCAGCACCAGAUCCAAGAUGGCGGCCAGCAGGAGGCUGAUGAAGGAGCUUGAAGAAAUCCGCAAAUGUGGGAUGAAAAACUUCCGUAACAUCCAGGUUGAUGAAGCUAAUUUAUUGACUUGGCAAGGGCUUAUUGUUCCUGACAACCCUCCAUAUGAUAAGGGGGCCUUCAGAAUCGAAAUCAACUUUCCAGCAGAGUACCCAUUCAAACCACCGAAGAUCACAUUUAAAACAAAGAUCUACCACCCAAACAUCGAUGAAAAGGGGCAGGUCUGUCUCCCGGUAAUUAGUGCUGAAAACUGGAAGCCAGCCACCAAAACCGACCAAGUCAUCCAGUCCCUCAUUGCUCUGGUGAACGACCCCCAGCCCGAGCACCCGCUCCGGGCUGACCUCGCCGAAGAAUACUCUAAGGACCGUAAAAAAUUCUGUAAGAACGCGGAAGAGUUCACAAAGAAAUAUGGGGAAAAGCGACCUGUGGACUAAAACCUGCCGCGACUGACUGCAGCCAGUGUGAGCAGAGACCCCAAGCCUUGCAUCCAGACAGCCCGCAAAGCAGGACUCUGUGGAGAAUUGACACGGGCCGCCUGGCGUUCCGUUCGUGGCAGUUACUAACUUUCUACAGUUUUCUUAAUCAAACGUGGUCUAGGUACCUGUAAAGAAAGGAUUAAAAAUUUAAGAUGUUCUAGUUCUGCUUUCUUUGUUUUAAAAAUCACUGCUUCAGUCUACUUCGAAAGAAUUGUGUUUCUUUUCUUGUCCAAAUUGAUCUAAAAUCUUCAAGUUAUUUAGCCUGUAAGGUUUAAAAAAGACAAAAGUUGUGUUUCCCCCAUUCCCCACCCUUGCAAUUCCCACUUUCUCGCAUUCAGUUUAUUUUUCACUUGCUCACUUCCCCAGAUCUGGGUCCCAUCUCUUCCACAAAGGAGAAGAGUCGGCUCUGGCAUUCCUGGCAUUUCUGAUGGCCUCUCCUCUCCCGUGGUGCACUGCCCGGUGUGAGAGUUGGUUCAAAGUCUCCCGGCUCCAGUUGAUAAUCUCCUUUUUAAAAAAUAACACAAGCAACAGCUCACCCCACCCUGCCUGCCCCCAUCCCAUCCCCACCAGGACAUAACAAGGGAAGCCAAGUUCUUGUAAAAAAAAAACCUGGCUGAUGUUACCACCAUGCUGUCUGUCGAUUAAACGGGCAAACCCCAA